AUGAAGAGCUUCACCAACGUCGUCGUGGUCGUCGUUACCGCCGCCUUUGCGGCCACCACCUGCUCAGCAUGGAGCUACUCGCCUAACAUGACCUCCUCGGCUUCCAUAUCGGUCAAUGCACUUCAAACGUACCAGACCAUGAUAGGAGGUGGUUGCUCUGGAGCGUUUGGCAUCGCCUGUCAACAGUUUGGGUCUGUCGGUCUGUCGCCGUCCAACCAGGACCUCGUCACUCGAAUCCUCUUCGACGAGAACAUCGGAGGUUUGUCCAUCGUCCGCAACGAUAUUGGUUCGACGCCAGGGACUGUGGCUGGUGACGUUUCGUCCAUUUUACCAGUCUGCCCGCCCACACCAGAAGGGCCGUUCAACUACGUCUGGGACGGCAACGACACGUGCCAACUACAACUCACCCAGACGGCGCUCAAGUACAACCCGAACGUGUUUGUUUACGCCGACGCCUGGUCCGCUCCCGGGUGCAUGAAGUCGGUCGGGACCGAGGACGACGGUGGGUUCAUCUGUGGUGUCCGCGGAGCCAGCAAUUGCUCGGCGGAUUGGAGACAAGCCUACGCCGAUUACCUCGUCCAGUACGUCAAGUACUACGAACAGGAGGGGAUCGAAGUUUCUUUACUGGGCGCCUACAACGAACCGGACUUCAACCCCGUGACGUACGCGAGCAUGGAAUCAGACGGAUACCAGGCAAAGGAUUUCCUGGAGGUUCUCUACCCGACGGCGAAAGCUGCCUUCCCCAACAUCAGUAUCGCAUGUUGCGACGCCACAGGAGCCAGACAGGAGAGGAAUAUUUUGUACGAGCUCGAACAAGCUGGAGGGUCCGAGUUCUUUGAUAUCGCCACAUGGCACAAUUACCAAAGCAAUCCAGAACGACCGUUUAAUUCUGGUGGUAAACCGAACUUGAUGACCGAAUGGGCAGAUGGCACCGGCAAUUGGAACUCGUACUGGGACGUGACAGGACAACUUGCUGAGGGCUUCCAAUGGGCCUUGUACAUGCACAACGCCUUUGUCAACUCGGACACCUCGGGCUACACGCACUGGUGGUGCGCCCAGAACACGACGGGGGACAACGCCCUCGUCCGACUCGAGUACGACCAUUAUUACGUCUCGGCUCGACUGUGGGCGUUUGCAUCUUACUUUCGCUUCGCCCGCCCCGGUGCCGUGAGGGUCGAGGCCUCGAGCAGCGCCGAGAACCUGUACGUGAGCGCCUACGUCAACGUCAACGGUACCGUCGCCGUGCCCGUCAUCAACGAGGCGCAUUUCCCGUACGACGUGACGAUCGACCUGGCCGGGAUCAACGUUACGAUGGCAACGGCGUAUCUGACCGACAACGAACAUAAUGUGACUAUGGUGGGACAGAUCGGUGUUGUUGGAGGCAAGAUGGACGUCACAGUUGAACCGAGGUCUAUGAAGACUUUCUUCUUGUCUUGA